CUCCGGCCGGUGUGUCUCGGAGUGUGUGUGUGUGAGUGUGCGCGCUCCGAGUGUGUGUGUAUUUGUGUAUCGGCGGUCCCGCAGGUCCCGGAUGUUGCGGACAGUAUGAAGCGAGCGCAGGGGGACGGGGACCAGCAGCUGUCGCCGCCGCUCUCAGAUCAUUAUUGAACCCAUCGUCUUUAUUUUUGGAGCCCUGGUGGCACAGUGGUGAAGAGCUUGGUUGUCAGCCAUAAGAGAUUUCCUGUUAGACAAGACAAAUUAGAGUCUUCCUACUGACUUAACUUGGGUGAAGAGAAAACAGAGAUCUUUGCCCCCUGACUUUGGCAAUCUUGUUUAACCUUCAAACUGGCGAUGUCAAGGGUUCCAAGUCCUCCACCUCCGGCAGAAAUGUCGAGUGGCCCUGUAGCUGAGAGCUGGUGCUACACACAGAUCAAGGUAGUGAAAUUCUCCUACAUGUGGACCAUCAAUAACUUUAGCUUUUGCCGGGAGGAAAUGGGUGAAGUCAUUAAAAGUUCAACCUUUUCAUCAGGAGCCAAUGAUAAACUGAAAUGGUGUUUGCGAGUAAACCCAAAAGGGCUAGAUGAAGAAAGCAAAGAUUACCUGUCACUUUACCUGUUACUGGUCAGCUGUCCAAAGAGUGAAGUUCGGGCAAAAUUCAAAUUCUCCAUCCUGAAUGCCAAGGGAGAAGAAACCAAAGCUAUGGAGAGUCAACGGGCAUAUAGAUUUGUGCAAGGCAAGGACUGGGGAUUUAAAAAAUUCAUCCGUAGAGAUUUUCUCUUGGAUGAGGCCAACGGGCUUCUCCCUGAUGACAAGCUUACCCUCUUCUGUGAGGUGAGUGUGGUGCAAGACUCCGUCAAUAUUUCUGGCCAGAAUACUAUGAAUAUGGUGAAAGUCCCUGAAUGCCGGUUGGCAGAUGAACUAGGAGGACUGUGGGAGAAUUCCCGGUUCACAGACUGUUGUUUGUGUGUUGCUGGCCAGGAAUUCCAGGCUCACAAAGCUAUCUUAGCAGCUCGUUCUCCAGUUUUUAGUGCUAUGUUUGAACACGAAAUGGAGGAGAGCAAAAAGAAUCGCGUUGAAAUCAAUGAUGUGGAACCUGAAGUCUUUAAGGAAAUGAUGUGCUUCAUUUAUACGGGGAAGGCACCAAACCUUGACAAAAUGGCUGAUGAUUUAUUGGCAGCUGCUGACAAGUAUGCCCUGGAGCGUUUAAAGGUCAUGUGUGAGGAUGCCCUCUGCAGUAACCUCUCCGUGGAGAAUGCGGCAGAAAUUCUCAUCCUGGCUGACCUCCAUAGCGCAGAUCAGUUGAAAACUCAGGCAGUGGAUUUCAUCAACUAUCAUGCUUCGGAUGUCUUGGAGACCUCCGGGUGGAAGUCAAUGGUGGUGUCACAUCCCCACUUGGUGGCCGAGGCAUACCGCUCUCUGGCUUCAGCACAGUGCCCUUUUCUGGGACCCCCACGCAAACGCCUGAAGCAAUCCUAAGAUGCUGCCCGUUGUAAGACUCCGUUUAUUUUCCAGAAGCAGCAGCCACUGUUGCUGCCACUGACCACCAGGUAGACAGCGCAAUCUGUAGAGCUUUUACUCUGUUGUGGGGGGAAAAGACUGCAUCGUGGCACCAGACUUUUAAAACAGCACUAAAUAACUUGGGGAAGUGGGGGGUGGGAAGGGCCCGGGACUCAGGGCUGUUCAACCUAAUGAAAAACCCUGUUGCUGCGUCACUGUGUUCCCUUUGGCCUGGCCAAGUUUGAUCCUGUAGGAUUCAGUGUAGGCGCUGGCCCCGAGGACAUCCCAGCGGUGGUACUUCGGAGAAACCUGUCUGCAUCUGACUGAGCAGAGCAAAUCGUCAGGUGCCUGGAGCAAAAAGGAAAAAAAAAAAAAAAAGGACAUUUAGUUUUAAGAGAAGGGAACAGAAAAGGAAAGAAGAAAGGAUUUUUGGAGAAUUUCUCAAAAAUCAGUUUGUGGAAGAUUCCAGUAGUAUUUAUGUUGAGAGAAACAAAUUUUAGUCCUUCCAGCUGUGCUAAAACUUGGAUAUUUGUGAAAACUGCUCACCACCAUACAACUCUUCAGAAGAGCUCUCUUGUUGUUAGCACUUAUUGUUUGCAAGAGCAGAACACAUCCUUUUUUCCUUUUAUGAAAAAUGACAAGUGAAGGCAAAGGGGGAAGGAGGUUAUUUGAUCAGGAAGAUGAGUAUUCUGAUGUGAUGGCUUUUGCAAAAGUCUUUAUUGGUCUUGAAAACUGGAAAAAAUAAUUCAUCCAGAAUUCAUACUGUCUUGACACGAACUAUGGUUCUCUGUUUUUAGAUAUUGUGGAAAAUGUUUUUUGGCAUUUUUCUCUGCUUUUAUUUCUCCUCCUUCCCCCCACCCUUUUUUCUAAAAAAAACAAAAACAAAAUAAGCAACAAAAAGAAGACAAAAGAAAAGGAAAUUUUAUUGUUUAUUAAUGCCAUGUGAAAAAAAUCCCAGCCCAGAUUGCUCAGCUGUUUGUACCUGACUUGCCGCCUGCAUAGGAGCCAGUCCUAUUCCUUCUAAUGAACCCCUCUUCCUACAGGGGAGAACUUCCAAAUGUUAAUUUUUUUUUUUCUUUUUGAAAAUAUAAAUAAUUACUAUUUUGUA